AUGUUUUCCAUUUCAAUUUUCGUGCUGUUCCUGCUGGGCUGGGUUCUGCUCUGCUGCGUGUUUUAUUGCUUCUUCUGGAACCGGCGACGGCAGCAGCAGAGCGAGGCCGGAGAGCAUAAUCCGGGGUUUGCCACGGCGCCGGUGCCGCAGCCGCGGGCGGAGAAUCCGCAGCCGCAGAACUACGCGUACGGCCCCGCCCCGGCGCCGCAGCAGUUCUCUUCGUGGGGGCUGCCGCUAGACCAGCACCCGCCGCCGGCCGCGGCACCGGCGCCGCCGACCACCUACUCCCCUCCUGGCGACUCCGUGUUUGUGUACGGGCAGGCGGAGUACAUCCCGCGGCCGAGCAAUGGCUCGGUCUACGACGCCGUCGUGGUAGGCAGCACCAAUGAAGCCAGAGGGACCCAGCAGGGUAAAGCGCAGAAGUGA